CUCUCUCUCUGCACAAUGUCUUUAACUUUGAGCCCUUCUUCUUCAUCUGUAACCCCACAAAAAUCAAGCCUUGGUGGUCCAGCUUUAGCUAGACCCUCAAAGAGCAACAAUUUUCUCAAUGUGGGUGGUCGCAAAAAUGGCAAUGUGAGCUCAGGCCGGUUGGUAAUAUUUGCCAAAAAUGAAGCUAAUAACAGAGCCACCAUGGAGGCAGUGUUCGAGCCCUUUGAGGAGGUCAAGAAGGAGCUCCUUCUAGUCCCCACUGCCCCUCAUGCUUCGCUUGCUCGCCAAAAGUACUCUGACCAAUCUGAAGCUGCCAUCAAUGAGCAGAUCAAUGUGGAAUACAAUGUCUCCUAUGUGUACCACGCCAUGUAUGCCUACUUUGACAGAGACAAUGUUGCUCUCAAGGGCCUUGCCAAGUUUUUCAAAGAAUCAAGUGAAGAAGAAAGGCAGCAUGCUGAAAUGCUUAUGGACUACCAGAACAAACGCGGAGGAAAAGUUAAGCUGCAGUCCAUGCUAAUGCCCUUCUCAGAGUUUGAUCAUGCUGAAAAGGGUGAGGCAUUGCAUGCAAUGGAGCUUGCGCUGGCCUUGGAAAAGUUGAACAAUGAGAAACUUCUAAAAUUACAGAGAAUAGCCGAUGAAAACAAUGAUGUGCAUUUAGCGGAUUAUGUGGAAAGUGAAUUCUUGACUGAGCAGGUGGAAGCUAUAAAGAAAAUCUCAGAGUAUGUAGCUCAGUUGAGAAGGAUAGGCGCAGGACAUGGUGUUUGGCACUUUGAUCAGAUGCUGCUCAAUGAUAUUGCAUGACAAAGAACAAGAAUAUGAGACAUCGUUUCUUCGUUUUAUGCCAAAUGCUCUUAAUGUUCUCUUUGUAUUCUUAAAUUCUGUUCACUGAGGGGAUGUUUUUUUUUUAGGUGGUAAUUGUUCAAAUAUUGAGCUAGAAAUUUUUCCAAGUUAGGGUGUAGGCUGGAUCUUUGUUUUGGUUUGAUGAUUAAUCUGUUAUUAGACAAAAA